UGUAUAUCUGGUUAUUAGCUUUACUGCUUGCUUGACUGGUUGUAGUUAACAUAAAGUAGAAUAAACUCUGUUUAUUCAUUGUCCAUUUAUUAAUCUUCCGCUCUAAAAAAAAAAGUCAGAUUCUUGAAAGCUACGCGGCUCCUCUGAAAUCAUUGGUCAGUAUAGUGUCCCAUUUAUAGGUCAUGGAAAUCUGUUUUUUGGCAGGGAAAAGUCAUGGAAUUUUACGUUUGAUUUGUGUGUGUAUUACUAUUAAAUGCACACUGUGUAUUCUGUUUAUGGCGUCAUAUGAAGUUUUAGCAGCCAAAGGUUCACUGUCUUCACAUUUCCUUUCCACCACAACUGAAUACUCAAUUCUGAGAUUUCCGCAUCACAAUGUGCCAAUCAGGCUACAGACUAUCAAAAUGUAAAGUGCAUGGCUUAAAUAGUUGAACAUUUACUAUACAUAUUUACCUCAAAUGUCUACUAGUGAUGACAGCCGCAAGGAUCAGUGACCUGUGAACCCAUGGGUUUUCCUUCAUGUUGGAGCAGCAUCAUUGAGUGACCUGAAACACUUAUUCAGAUAUUUGCAUGUUUUUCAUGUAACUUUCUAACAGUUUGACUGUUAGAUCUGCCUGGUCGCUCAGGAUGAAGGUUGAAGCGGUGGGACUAUACAUACACUGCUCCUGGUGUGUAGGCUAUGUGUUCUUGGUGAGCUCAUCCUGGCCCCUUUAGUGUGUGUGUGUUGGCCCCCAAUGGGAGAGAGAAUGGGUGGAAAGCAGAGGACAAAAUUCCUUCAGGACAAAUAAAGUAUCUAAACUAGGUUUCUAUGACUUGUAUGUGUUUGUGUGAGCAAAAGACACCACUUUGCUUCCUCAGCUCAGCAUCAUAACUUGUCAAAGUUACUACAGCGGUCAGCUGCACCUUUGUGGUGUCCGGACUAUCAAAGAUUUGGACCGCUGGAAUGUGCACGCCCUCUGUCGGCUGUCACCUAGUCAACUGCUGUCGGCAUUAGACCCUCGCGCUUGAGUGGUCCUGUUGCCUCCAAGAAGAUCUUCGGGGCUUGUUGUCCACAUAACAUUGUUCUCGAUGGAGCAAGAGCAACUGUAACUAGAAUUUUAGCCGCAAUACGAAUGCAAACGGACACACGCAGCUAAAUCGUCACCAGCCGGCUUCUAUCUGAUAACAGCCCACAGAAGUCUGUAUCAUGGCAGAGCACCUUUCUCAGAGCGAACUGGACUACCCUUUCAAACUGCUGGAAUACUUCAACGGCUUCAGAGUGUCUAAGGUGAUAUUUUCUGCGUGUGAGCUCGGGGUGUUUGACCUCCUGCUGCAGUCCCAGAAUGCCCUGCAGGCUGGCGAGGUGGCGCGGGAGCUGGGCACCAGCCAGGAUGGCAUGGAGCGGCUACUGGACGUGCUGGUGGGCAUCGAGAUCCUGGAGGUGGAGCACAAAGAGGGCACAGCUUACUACAGCAGCACAGACGUGUCUAAUCUCUACCUGGCCAAAACCAGCCCCAAAUCCCUGCAUGACAUGAUCAUCUACCAAUCCCAAACCAUCUACCCGCUCUGGAACAACCUGGUGGACGCAGUCAGGGAAGGGAAGAAUCAGAAUGAAAAAACCUUUGAGUUAUCAUCCGAGGACAUCUUUUCAGCCAUUUACAGGUCAGAAGAGGAAAUGCUCAAGUUCAUGGGGCUUAUGAACUCAACGUGGGCCAUUGACGGACAUGACAUAGUCACUGCUUUUAACCUCUCUGGUUUUAAAUCCAUGGUGGACCUCGGUGGCUGUUCGGGGGCCUUGGCUCGUGAGCUAGCCAGGGAGUACCCCUUCUCCACCGUGACCGUUCUGGACCUGCCCAAAGUGGUCCAAACGGCCAAGCAGCACUUCACAGAAGAGGGUGGCAGCACCAUCGCGUUCCAAGAGGGAGACUUCUUUGAAGGAGACCUCCCUCCAGCUGAUCUGUACAUUCUGGCUCGGAUCAUCCAUGACUGGAAAGAGGAGAAGUGUGAAAAGCUGUUGAAGAAAAUACACUCCUCCUGCUCUCCUGGUGGCGGUGUCAUGAUCGUGGAGGCCAUGCUGUUUGAGAAGCGGCGUGGGCCAAUCACUGCGCAGCUCUUCUCCCUGAACAUGCUGGUUCAGACGGAGGGGAAGGAGCACCCGCCGUCGCGCUACACACACAUGCUCACACAGGCCGGCUUCAGGGACGUGCAGGUGUGUCGCACGGGGAAGUCUUACGACGCCGUCCUGGCCAUCAAAUGAAGACUGCGCUGAAGGCCCGACCCCACCAUUCGCCUUAUUCACCCGGCGGCCAGAACGAGGCU